GAUGAUGUCAAAGCGGAGGGGAGGGGGGGGGGACAUGAUUAUGGGCUCCGGAGGGUGGAGCGCAAAGUGGCUCCUUAAUGAGGGGCGGAGAAAACCGCGUCGUGUAUCUUUCGGGACGGAAAAAGUCGGGAGGCGGUGGCGGGUGGGGAGGGGGACACAGCGCGAGCGCGGAGGGUCGCACGCAGAAAGUCCUGCCGAGACGAGCAGGAGGGACAGCUCCACGGACGCGCACGGCGUGAGCGCGCACCACAACCUGACACUCGCCAGCUGUUCGGGCUCCUCCCCGCGGCCCCCUCCCUCUCCCUCGCGCGCUCUCUCUCCCCACUCCCCUCCCCUCCCCCGCGGCGUCGGCGGCUGCUGCCCCAGUGCAUUGUGGGCGCAGUCCGUUGUUCAUUUGCCAUUCGACCUGGGCUAGGGCCUGGUGGGGCGGAAGGGCUGCUGCUUCUGCUGGCUGAGCCGGAUCUAUUGUGGGGGAGCAGUCGAGGCGUCAACGACACAGGCCAGGGCAAGGACAUCGGAUUCGUUGGUUUUCCUUCUAUUCUCCUUUUUAAAAUUCUUCUUCCCUCAGCGGGCCGGCUGACUGGCGAGUGCUGUCUGGCCGGGUAGUUGGUUUUGCAGCCUCCUCCCCCACCUUUGCCCGUCAUAGCGGUCGGAUAGGAAGGGGGACGGUUGGCCGCGAGGCGGGGGAGGGGGGCGCGAGGGGGGGGAGGGAGCGAGCGAGCGAGGCGGACGGGGGGCGCGCGCGCGCUCGCCCGCUAUGUUCGCCGAGAUGAACCGUAGGACCUUGGCGUUCCGGGGGAGCGGCCUGGUCAGCGCCGCCACGGCCGUGGGAGGAGGCCCGACGGCGAACGGCAGCGGCGGGGCUGGGGGUGGCAGCGGUCCGAGCGAGGCCUGGGCCCGUCAGGAGGUCGAGCAGCUAAACGGCCAAGGGGUGGAGGAGGAAGUGGAGCUGGAGACGGUGGAGCUCGAGGUGGCCGAGCUGGAGACCACGGCCGGCGCCGGGAAGGAGCUCCUGCUGUUGCCCACUUCCCCUCCUCCGGACUCAGUGGCGGCCGUCACUGUCGUCGCCGCCGCCGCCGCCCCCAUGUUCGCCGAGAGGAACCGCCGGACCUUGGCCUUCCGCGGCGGGGGCUCGUCGUCGUCGAACAAUGGCUGCGAGGUGGCGGGGGCGGCCUGGCCGCGUCGGCCGUUGAACGGGCGGGGUGGCGCGGAGGAGGAGGAGCUGGAGCUGGAGGGCCUGCUGGAGGGGAAGGAGCUGGUGCAGGACGGGGGGUCGCUGAGCGACAGCAGCGAGGACGAGGAGGACGGCGAGGGGGGCAGCCUGGGCGAUGGCAGCGGCGCCGAGGGCGGCAGCUGCAGCAGCAGCAGGCGGUCCGGGGGGGACGAGGCGGAGGUCAGCAGCGUAGGCGCGGGGGAGGGGGAGAGCGUCCCACACUUCCCGCUGGCGGCCCGGCCCAAGUCCCUUCUGCAGAAGCUGCACGUCGCCUUCCAGAGCGCCUGGCUCAAGGAGUUCCCAUGGCUGCAGUACUGCCAGCAGACCGGGCUCAUGUCCUGCGCCUGGUGCGCCGCCGCCGCCUCCACGGACGGUGGCAGCAACAGCAGCGGCGGGGGCCACGACGAGCUCUGCAAGGGCACUCGCAACUACAAACGAACCCUGGUCCUCCGGCACGGUGUCUCGGCAGAGCACCGACUCAACGAGCCUGUCACUGCUGAGCAGGAUUCUGAAAUGCCAUCGGAAUUGGCUAAUGAGAGAGAUUGUGAUUACAAUAUUAGGCCAAAUGAGAACUCUUACUGCUAUCAACUAUUGCAAGAAUUAAAUGAACAGAGAAAGAAGGGCAUUCUUUGUGAUGUCAAUAUUGUAGUGAGUGGAAGGGUCUUCAGAGCUCACAAAAACAUCCUGGUUGCAGGCAGCCGUUUCUUCAAGACUCUGUAUUGCUUUACAAACAAAGAAAACCGUAACCAAACCACUGUUACCUACUUGGAUGUUGUUGCUGUUCAAGGCUUCUCUGUCAUCUUGGACUUCCUAUAUUCCGGUAACCUUGUGCUUACAAGCCAGAAUGCUAUUGAAGUGAUGUCAGUGGCCAGCUACCUUCAAAUGACAGAGGUUGUCCAAUCCUGUCGCAAUUUUAUCAAAGAUGCCUUAAAUAUAAGCAUUAAGUCGGAAGCCCCAGAAGCUGUAGUUGUGGAUUACAAUAGAAGGUCUGUUAAUAGGGAUGGAUUAUCUUCAAGGGAUCAGAAAGUUGCUAGUUUUUGGGCAACACGAAAUCUUACUAACUUGGCAAGCAGUAUAAAAACUGAAAAUGAUGGCUACUGCAUUGAUGAGGGUCAAUCUGAAAACUACCAAAUUAAUGAUUGGGUCCAGGACAGCUCGCCUGAAAUGGCUGAAAAUGAAUCUCAAGGUGAGGGAAAAGUUUUUGUAUGGAAUGAUAUGAGUUCACAAGGACAGUCGCUUCAAGAACCUGGAAAAGGAAGAAGGAAAAACCAAACUGCAAAAAGAUUUGUUUACAAUAUACCACCCAAUAAUGAAGAAACGUUAGAAGAAUGCUCAGCUACCCAGACGUCAGUCCAGUACCCAGAUGAAGACUUGCAGUUUAUCAAAGAAGAAGCAGGUACCUCAAAUGAUUACAAGUUUGGAAUUUUUCCUGGUAUCUCAGGUGACUACAAGUUGGGAUUGAUGCAAGGUACUUCAAAUGAUUUCAAAUAUGGAUUGUUACCCGAAUCCUGGCCAAAAGAAUCCUGGGAAAAUGGUGACUCAUCUUUAAUCAUGAACAAACUGAAGUGUCCACACUGUAACUAUGUAGCCAAAUACAGAAGAACACUAAAGAGACACUUGCUUAUACAUACAGGAGUGAGAUCUUUCAGCUGUGACAUUUGUGGAAAGCUGUUUACUCGUCGAGAGCAUGUGAAGAGACAUUCCUUGGUUCACAAAAAGGAUAAAAAAUACAAAUGUAUGGUGUGUAAGAAGAUCUUCAUGCUAGCAGCCAGUGUUGGAAUAAGACAUGGAUCUCGGCGUUAUGGUGUUUGUGUUGACUGUGCAGAUAAAUCUCAGCCAGGAGGACAAGAAGGAGUAGACCAGGUACAGGACACAGAUUUUCCUAGAGAUGAAGAGUUUGAAGAAAAUGAAGUGGGGGAGGCUGAUGAAGAGCUGCCUGAGGAUGUAGAAGAACAGAAUGAUCAGACUCGAUGGGAUGAAUCUGGGGAAGUCUGCGUGCCUUUAGAAGACUGAUGGGGCAUGAUCUUCUGGAUACUUUACUUGGACGUCAUAGAAUUGACCAUGUUUGAACUUUUGGACUGAAGGCUUGGAAAAUAUGGUACAGGCUGGAUGGAAGUUAUGUUGCUGUGAAAAUUGUAGGGUCAAAGCCUUAUAGCAAAAAAGGAUUAUUAAUUUUUUAAAGAUAUUUGCACAGGACUGUACAGCAUACAGCUAUUUGGUUGAAUUAGUCCUCACAUCUGCAGUCAACUAUCAAAAAAUGUAUUUUUUAUUAUUUAUAGUAUAUAGUUAUUUGGGUCCUAUUCAGGCAUAGUAAUAACUAUGCUUGAGUUACACAUUCAUGUGUCCCUUAACAUGAAUGAAGCAAAUUGCAAUCUUGUUCUAGAAAUAUGGAGAUGGGUCUCUCAAUUCCAAUCAUAGUUUGUGGAUAAUUUGGGCUAGUGGCUCAUGUCUUCUGAAAAGGGGCUUUGUCGUACCUCCCUUGCCUUCCCUCAGUGGUCAGCAUCUUGAUGGCAUGGAUCUAAAUCACUUGACAAAGCUAAGAUGUGGUUUAGCUGACAAGUCCUGCAGAACUUUAAUAAUCAUUGAUAUUUAAUUUACUGACUUUAUGGUUUGGGUAUCUAGAGUUUGCAAACCUAUUUCACCAAAUACAUAAUAAUGGCUUAAAACUGCAAGGAGGAUUGUGAUUGGGAUGAAAGUAAGUUUCCUCCUUGCCACUUAAAGAACUUUAUAUUAGACACUUUCUGGCAUGGCUGCCCAUGUUUUAAUUUAUGUUAUAUUAGCACUAUUCCUAUUGGCUAUCCUUUUUAUUCACUACUGUAUACCUCAGUCCAUCACAAAGCUUAAGAGUCCUAGAAUCUGAGGAGGAGUGUCAUAGAAAUAUUAAUGUCAUCUUACUUUUUUUUUUUUUUUGGUUUAAUUCAUUCAACCCAAUUUGUCUGCUUUUGUCUAGUUUUGUUAUGUGGAAAAAAAUUAGACAUGAGGCUGUCUUCUUGUGCCCCAUUGCUCUUCAUUAAAGUGAACACACAAAAUGAA